UAACUUCUUCCCCGAGCCCUUCGUCUCCACAGUGCCUGUCUGUAAACCCUUCUUCAUCCUCUACUCUGAACACUCCUCUUCCGUCGUCUAUCUCUCUCUUCCAACAUCAUACGGCCGUAUCCCUCGAGCUCCAGAUCUCCUUCAUUGGCUUAUACUCAUCGCUCGCACUUCUGCUCCCUCUGCUUGGCUUUCCAAAACCCUAACACUGAAACUGCGUGUUACCUCUUCGUCUCUGCAAACACGCAGAUGCACCCUCCCUGAAAUCGUAAGGCCCUGUAUUUAGAAGCUGUAUUAUAUUUCAACGAAAAAAUGUUGAGAAGGAACAUUCGGCUGAGGAGGGAGUAUCUGUACAGGAAGAGCUUAGAAGGAAAAGAACGUUUGCUUUAUGAGAAGAAGCGAAAAAUAAGAGAAGCUCUUCAAGAGGGAAAGCCCAUUCCAACGGAGCUCCGAAACGAGGAAGCUGCCCUUCGCCAAGAAAUCGAUCUCGAAGACGAGAAUACCACUGUUCCAAGGACUCAUAUUGAUGAUGAAUAUGCAAAUGCAACUGAAAGAGAUCCAAAGAUUUUGUUAACUACAUCCAGGAAUCCAAGUGCACCCCUCACACAGUUUGUAAAGGAAUUGAAGUUUGUCUUCCCUAAUGCACAAAGAAUAAAUCGUGGUAGCCAGGUCAUUUCUGAAAUUAUAGAAACUGCCCGUGCACAUGAGUUUACAGAUGUUGUUUUGGUUCAUGAACAUCGUGGUGUGCCUGAUGGUUUAAUUAUAAGUCACCUACCAUUUGGUCCAACUGCUUACUUCGGUUUACUCAAUGUGGUUACAAGACAUGAUAUCAAGGACAAGAAAGCCAUUGGAACGAUGCCUGAGGCGUAUCCUCAUCUUAUUCUUAACAACUUCACAACCAAGCUUGGUGAAAGGACAGCAAAUAUUCUAAAGCAUCUCUUUCCAGUUCCAAAGCCAGAUACAAAACGGAUCAUUACCUUCGCUAAUCAGUCCGACUACAUUUCAUUCAGGCAUCAUAUCUAUGAGAAGCAUGGAGGUCCUAAAUCACUUGAGCUGAAAGAGAUUGGACCUCGAUUUGAAUUGAGGCUUUAUCAGGUAAAGUUAGGAGCAGUUGACCAGACUGAAGCUCAGAUCGAAUGGGUUAUCCGGCCAUACAUGAACACUUCAAAGAAAAAAAAGUAUAUUGGGGAAUAACACGAUAGUUAAAAAGCCGAUACCAAUGGUUUUCGGGGAGGCGUUUCUUAUUACAUUUAAGAAAUGUCAUUUAAGAAAUUUUGUUUUAAAUUUGCUCAAAGUCAGUCUCCUUAAUUUAAUUACGGAAUAUUUGCUGCUAUUAUUAUCCAUGUUACUUGUGAGAUGUAAGUAUAAUAGUAAGGGAAGAACCUGGGUGAGCAAAUGCUGAGGUCAUGCAUUUUUUUUUUUUUUUCUUGUAGGGUAGUUUGCUUUAUUGUUUCUUCCACAUAAUAGAAGUCUGGGGAGGGAAAAUAGUUUUCAGGGUGGAAA